GUUCGAGCAGGCAGAAAGAAAGGAGCUGCACCAUGGAGUGCUACAUAUUUUCCAUACUGUUCCUGGUCUUGACCAUGGAAUCCCAGUGUUCGCCGGACAACGGAUUUUUUAUCUCAGGCCCUGGAGUGUUUCAUGUGGGUGUUAAGGAGAAAGUGUUUGUCCAGAUGGGACGGUCUCAUCUUAAUAAUGAGGUUACUCUCUACCUGGAGCAUGAGACUUCCAAUACUGUGUUGUCUGAGAGGAAAACUGCCACUUGCACAGUGGAAGGAAAGAUCGAAACAGUUGAGCUCAUGAUAGACCGUGAGAUUUUUUCAAGACUUCCCCUUCAACGUAGUAAACAACCCUACUUUAACCUUAUAGCAGAGAGUCCAUCCUUCAGUGGCAGGAAGUCCACAAGGGUCUUGAUAUCAAAACACAGGGGCUACAUCUUCAUUCAGACCCAUCAGCCAGUCUACAACCCAACACAGACAGUGAGGUACAGAAUAUUCACUCUUGACCAGACACUCAGACCUAAUGAAGAAACGUUCCAGUUAUCAGUAUUUAAUGCAGCUGGAAACAGAAUAAUUAAUUCUCUUAUAACUGCAAAAGGAGGAAUAAUCCAAGGCAAAAUCCAGAUACCUGAUGUCUCGAAAUUGGGAACAUGGAAGAUAACAGCACACUUUGAAGGAGAUAAAGAAAAUGCCGCUACCAGAGAGUUCAAAGUCGAAAAAUUUGUUUUACCAAGUUUUGAGGUCAACAUUGGACUGGAGCAGAGCUUUAUUUUGUUGAACGCUGAAUACUUAAACUUCACCAUCUCAGCCAAGUAUUCACAUGGUGAGCAAGUUAGAGGGGCUUACCAUUGCCAGUUUGGUGUGGUGGAAAAAAAUAGAAGAAAUGGCCAAAAAGGGAAGCCUGUCUUUCUCAGGGGGCUGGAAUUGACUGGUUCAGUCCAGAAUGGAACUGUGCCCACAACAGCUUCGCUCCUGAUGGCAGACUUACAUGUGACACUGCAAAAACAAAACCUAACCCUCUCUGGAUUACAGAACACAGGAUCACAACUCUACCUGGGAGUGUUUGUCACUAACAUACAAAGUGGUGAAAUACAAGAGGCUGAAGUUUACCUUCCUAUCAUGUCCCGGAAGUACUCCAUUGAUCUCUCUCGAACACGUUCAUAUUUCAUCCCUGGAUAUCCACUAGAUGUGGUGGCUGUCUUACGUCUCCCUGAUGGCUCCCCAGCAGCUGGUGUGCCUGUAAGGAUUGAAGUAUCAUCCACAGAGCAUUGGGAAGGCACAACUAACCAGGAGGGGGCAGUGUUUCCUGUGUUUAAUAUUAACACUGACGCUCAGAUUACUGUGCAAGUGUCUGCAGAUGGUCUGCAACAACGGAAAGAAAUACAAAAAGCCUCAUCUCCAAGCAACAGCUACCUUUACCUGAGUUUUACCAAUAGGUUAUACUCUGUGGGGGAGUUACUCACUGUAAAUAUAAAUGCAGUCAAUGGCCCAAAUAAUGGCUUUAUGUACUAUAUGAUCUUAAGCCGUGGGAUGCUAAUAAAACAGGAUUCUCUCAAAUUUGGUACUUUUGUUAAAGUCCACCUGCCGAUAACAACUGAGAUGGUGCCAUCGUUCCGACUGAUUGGCUACUUCUAUGAUCAGCAUGGUAACAUCAUUGCUGAUUCGGUGUGGGUUGAUGUCGGAGAUGAAUGUGAGAUAAAGGUCAAGGUAGUACCCAAAGGACCGUUUAAACCUCGACAACAGGCUAGGCUUGAAUUUGAUUUAGAUGGUCAAAAAGCCAAAGUGGCUCUGCUGGCCGUUGAUAAGGCCAUUUACGCUCUCAAAACUGACAAUAGACUCACAGCCAAACAGGUAUUUUCAACUAUGCAGUCAUAUGACCUUGGCUGCUCCUACACGGGAGGAUCUGACCCUGCUUCAGUGCUAACAGAUGCUGGACUCUCAUUUGUAUCUAACUCACAGUCAAAGUGGAGAAUGAGUUUUGGCUGUAAUUCACGAUCCACACGACAAAGACGUGCUGUGGACCUUGAACAGGAAAUUACAACUUUAAGAUCUAACUUUACAGACGAAAAGUUAAAAGGCUGUUGUGUUCAUGGCUUUUCUCUAAUCCCAAUGAGAAAAACUUGUGAGGAGAGAGUGAGGAGAGUCUCUCUGGUCGAAGCAAAUCCUUUAUGUGCAGAAGCAUUUUUAAAAUGCUGCCUUGAAGGAGAACGUCUGAGACAGAAAAAGACACGAGAAGAUGCCUGGAAAGAACUUGGAAGGACUGCAACAAUAGAAGAUAUUGAACAGUACUUCUUGGAAAAUGCUGGUCGUAACAUUCGAAGACUUUUCCCCCCAAGCUUUGACUUCAAAGAAUUUGAUGUAAAUGGCAAAGAAAGCUAUGUUAUAGCUCUACCAGAUUCCAUCACUACAUGGGAGAUUCAGGUCAUCACUCUGUCUGCAGCCACUGGUUUCUGUGUAGUAAAACCGUCUGAGGUCAGAGCAUUUCAGGAGGUAUUCGUGUCCCUGAGACUGCCUUACUCAGUGAAAAAAUAUGAGCAACUCUCUAUUUCACCUGUCAUCUACAACUAUGGCCAACAGACACUACAGCUGGCAGUUCAUAUGGAGCAAACUGACGGGCUUUGUUCCCCUGGCUCGGCCACCACCACAUCCUUUGUUAACAUCACUUUGAAUCCAGAGUCCUCCCAGUUUGUGUCAUUCUCUGCUGUCCCCAUGGUUACCGGCUCAAUACCCAUCAAAAUACGUAUCUAUGAUAUUGAAAAUGAAUAUGGAUUGGAUGCAAUUGAGAAGACUUUGAAUGUGUUGACAGAAGGAAUGGAAACGAGAAUAGAAGAAACCAAACUGAUUAACUUAGAUGGCAAGAGCACAGAGACUUUCACUAUUGAUGGAUCUUUACCAGGUGAAACAGUCCCUGACUCCAGCUCAAAUAUAUUCAUUUCUGUGGAAGGAGAUGGAUUUGGCAGUGUACAGGCAAAGAACCUACUUUCUCCUGAGAAAGUUGCCAAAUUGAUCAGGUUGCCUAAAGGCUGUUUAGAACAGACAAUGGGAAAACUUGCUCCUACAGUUUCAGCCAUCCGCUACCUUGACCUCAGUGAGCAGUGGUUUGAACUGCCUGCUGGUGCCAGAGAUAAAGCCCUGAAUGAAGUUGAGCAGGGUCAUGUAAACAUUAUAAAUUUCAAGAACAAAGUCGAUGGAUCUUAUUCAUCAUUCCGCUCUGUGCCACAAAGUAAUUGGGUCACUGCCCUUGUAGUGAAGUUGCUAUCGUUUAUUGCACAACGUCAGGCAGAGACUUAUGGGCUGCAGGGCAGGAGGGCAAGGUUUGUACCAGAAGAAGAGAUCAGACAUCCAGUCAGAUUCUUGCUAUCAGCGCAGUGGGGUGAUGGUUCAUUCACUGACCAGCAUCAAGUGCUACACAGAGGAGUUCUGAAAGGCGCAGAUCGAGCCAUGUCCAUCACAGCUUUCGUAGCGCUCGCACUGCAACGGUCCCUUCCAUUUCUAAAUCCUGAAGGAAAAAAUAAUGCGGAGGCAAGUAUUUCAAGUUCAACAUUAUAUCUCCUGUCACACCUUGAGGAGCUUCAGCAUCCAUAUGCUGUUGCCAUUACAGUCUACUGCCUCGCAGUUUGCCUUCCAUCAGGAACAGACCAUUCAUCUAUCUGGACAAAACUUCAAGAUCUCGCUACUGAAGGAGAGAAUGGGUGUUAUCUGUGGACAACCAAUCCCAGCCCGAAGAAUAAAGUUAAUGCAGAUGCCAUCACAAUAGAGACCACAGCCUAUGCCCUUCUUGCUGCAGUGGAACUUGGGAAAGGCGAGUGGGCCAACAAAGCAGCCUGCUGGUUAACCACCCAAGAAAACAGUGAUGGAGGCUUCAGAUCAACACAGGAUACGGUCAUGGCACUGGAAGCCCUGGCAGAGUAUGAGCUAAAGAGGCCUGUCACUCCUGAAGCAAGUCUAAAUGCAGUGUUCACAUCUCCAGGAAAGAGAGAUAUUUUAAAGCUUCAACUAGAAAACAAGAAGGACAAAGUGGAAAAAGACCUUAAGAAACUUGCAGGGCAAAACAUUAAUGUGGAGUUAACAGGAAAAGGGACAACCAAACUUAAGGUUGUGAAAGCAUAUCAUCUACUGGAGCCCAAGGAUGAGUGUAAACAAGUCUCUAUCACAGUCACAGUAGAAGGAAAAGUGAAGUAUACUGCUAAGGUCAUUGAAAAUUAUGACUACUACGAGGACUAUGGAAACAACGAGGACAAGGAGGUGCCAAUUCCUCAAUCAGAGAUUGAGUGGUUUGAUGUUCAGACCAAAAACAGGAGAGAUAAUUCAAAAUCAGAAGACACUCUUACUUACAGAGUCUGUGUCAGUCACAGUCUGCAUCGUAAUCUCACAGGAAUGGCCAUUGCUGACAUCACACUUCUCAGUGGAUUUGAGGUUGAAACUGAGGACCUAGACAUACUUAAAGAGGAACCUGAACGAUACAUUUCACAUUAUGAGGUCUCCUAUGGAAGGGUCCUGAUAUAUUUCAAUGAGCUCUUUGAUAGGAUUGAAUGUAUUACCUUUGACGCUAUACAGAGAGUCCCAAUCGGCCUUCUCCAGCCUGCUCCCGCUGUGUUCUAUGAUUACUAUGAACCAAAUGUAAAGUGUAAUGUGUUCUACUCGGCUCCCCAGAGAAGCAAGCUGAUCUCUAAACUGUGUUCAGAGGACGUGUGCCAGUGUGCAGAGAGACCUUGUCAUAAAAUACAAAACACAUUCAUAUCAGAACGAAGAAACAAGAAAGAGAACAGGCGUUUAAUGCACGCUUGCUUCUUUCCUACCGUUGAUUAUGCAUACAUGGUUGAAGUCCUCAACGUUUCCAUGAAGAGUAACUUUGAGCUCUACAGAACGAACAUAAUCGAGGAACUCAAAUCACAUGGAGAUACUUUUGUAGACAGGAAUUCAAUUCGAGUGUUUGCUAAGAGACGUCAGUGUAAAGGACAGCUGGAUUUGGGAAAACAGUAUCUGAUAAUGGGCAAAGAUGGCCCCACAACCGACUCAAAUAACAAGAUGCAAUACUUACUGGAAGCAAACACCUGGGUUGAAAGAGAGCCCUCAGCGGAAGAAUGUAACAAAAGUGCACACAGAGGUGCUUGCAGAGAGUUCCAUACAUUCACACAGAGGUACAAGAUAGAUGGCUGCAGACAGUGAAGAGCCCUGUCAAACCAAUGUGUUCUAUUAAAACGUUAUUUUUCUGUUUAGUGUAGCUCUGUUACAGCAGCUUCCUGUGAGCUGCACAGAAAUCAGAGAGCUUUUUUUUCUUACUGUUCAUUAUACAUCUAACCAGAGUCAUGUAAGCAUUGUGUAAGACCAUCCAUGAUGACUGAGAGUUACUGCCUGCUAGGUGGAAGAAUCGAUCAAUCACAGAAAGUUUAAAAUAAUCCAACACAUAAUGUUACCCUUUACCAUUUCUCUUUGUCCCAUACAGUUAAAUGUGUUAUAAAAAUUAAAAAAAACAUCACUGUUGUUAAGCAAA